GCAGCGUGUUUCCUCCUGUUUUCUUCAGUUACGCACGUCUCAGGCUCUGUUACCGUAAUGCACCAUAAAUAAGCGCAACAAAUUUUUACAGCGAGUCAGUGUCGGCUGGCUUGACGGCAUGUUUCACACCGUCGGCUCACUUGACCGCAGUGAGACGCCUAAAGAGAUUUAGCUAACGUUAGCUUAUUAGCUUCCCUCAAAGCUUUCCGAACUAAAAGAUUCGACAUGCCUACAAAGGCGAACACGAAAGUCUCUAAGAAUGAUGAUGAUUUCCGUGACAGCUUGUUUGAGGAUGAAAAACAACAACUGCAAUCAAAAAUAACUCAUAGAGGACCACUAAAUCGCUCGUCUACUACUGAUAAGAUUUACAGUAUCCUGGCAGAGGAGGCAAUGAAGGAUGGCUUGGACCUUGAGGACUCUGACGUCUCAGAGGCUGAUCCCACAGACRUGCUGAAGAACUUGAAGGACUUGGAUGAUAUGGAGGCUGACCUCUUUUCUUUAAAGAAAACAAGCAACACCGCUCCUGCACCAACAAAACCAAUCGCUGCUGGUGUUUUAAAGAAAGACUCCACUUCCGUAAAAAGUCCUGAAAAUCCAGAGAGAACAGAUGAAGCCACAGUAGGAGGAAAGAAGCCAAACUUCACUCCUCCAUCCACAGUCCGUAGCUAUAAGAAGUUCCCUUUUGCCGAUAACAGUAAAGGGGAUGAUGAACAUCUUGGUCAGACAUCAGAUAUUAAAGGUCUUGACGAUCCCCUGGUCGACUCACUGGACGAUUUGCUUCCAGAUCAAACCAAGCCUGAGUCUAAACCUCCACACACCAAUCCUGAAAAAACUCUUCCAUCUGCAUCGGCAUCCCUCAACCCGAAGAAAGAAACACCAAAGAUGUCCAAAAAGGACAACUUCACUUUUGACGAGGACGACCUUGGAAUCGACAGAGAUAAAAACAAUCCUGAGAAAAAAGAGACUUCUUUUUGGUCUUCAAAGGAGAAAGGCGAUGUCCCUCAGAGACYUCGUACAAGAAUUGACGACAUUCUGGAGGGUUUGACUUCACCCCGUCCUCUGGAGCGACCCCCCAYGGGCGAGAGGUCCCCAGAGAGGCGGCAGCAAGAGAAGACCUCGAGYAUGAAAGAGACGCUGUUAGACGAUGACCUAACCUUCGGGUCCUAUCAGCCCACUGUGGGGUCUGUUCCUGAGGGCCGCCAGUCACGCCGCCCGUCUGUCAGAUUUUCCACAGAAGACGACGGCGUCUCUGCUUCAGAGAAGAAACCGAAACCCGCCACCGGUCGACACCGCAGCUCUUCCAGCUGGCUCGGGCUUAAAACAAACAACGAGUCUGAUUAUUUAGGAGGUCCAAAAGAGGUGAAAGCUUCGUCAGAGUCUCCAAAGGCYUCCUCGCCUGCAUUGGAGAGAAAACCAUCUUUAAAUGGAAGUCAGUUCACUUCUCCUGGGAAAACAGCAGAAGACGUCCAAACAGACUCCAAACAGAGCAAAUCAGAGGCUCCUAAAAGCCAGAGGAAGGACGACAAAGAUGAGGACGACUGGCUAGCUGGGGUGCUAAGCAAAAAGAAGGCUUUGUCAGAGUCUAACACGGAGACCAAAAGGUCCAUACUGCAGGACUCUUUAGAGACGGGAUCAACCGUUAGUAACCAAGUCACAUCUUCCACUCCAAGAGCCAAAGAAGACACACUUUUAUCCAUCAAAGGAACUAGUCCUGCAGCUCAUUCCACCCCUGUCAGAGAAGAGAGGCCCAAACAAGUUCCACAGCACCAAACACGGAGCUCAUCAGCUGCGACCCAGGAACAGGUGUCUUUAACAGCAGACAGUCUGCAGCAGCUGCUACUGCAGCAGCAGAUUCAGUUGCUGGGUCUAGGGGGGCCUGUUGAUGCAGGGGUCUUGCAGAAACUUAAGGAACAACAACAUGGAGAUCAGCAAGCCUUACAGGCUCGUAUUAUCCAGUUGGAGGGACAGGUAAAGAUCCUGCAUCUGGAGCUAGACCAAAGCCAAACAUUGGUAAAGAGUAUCCAGCAGCGGCAUGAGCAGGAUUUGGAGUUCCUGGAGAACACCCAUAAGACUGGCGUGAAGCUGCUGGAGGAGUCGGCUGCAAAGAGAGAGACACGAGCGCGGCUCGAGUGUGAGGAGCUGAUGGAACGGCUGGCAGCGUUGGCGCGAUCAGCCGAGCAGGAACGCUCCGAGCUGCAGGAUCAGUACCAUCGAAAACUGGCCCAAGCCCAGCAGGACCGAGACCAUGAGGUGGAGAGGCUCAGAGACCUUCAGAGAAAAUCUAUCCUGGAGAUGAAAAAGGACCACGAGGAUCAGCUUCAGAGACUGAAGAAACUAAAGGAUGAAGAGAUAGAUGCCGUUACAAGUGCAACGUCUCAAACCAGGUCUCUGGCAGGAGUGAUCGAGCAGAUGGAGCAGUUCUCCUCCCGCCUCGGCGAGCUCGCGUCUCGGGUGGAGAGCGCACAYGAGCACGCCGCCCAGGGCCUGGAGCAAGGGGCGCGGCACAGAGACGAGCAGCUUCGAAUGUUGCAGGACCGUCUGACGCAGCAGCAGAAAGCCACGGAAGAGGAGAGAGCUCACCUCAAGGAAAUCAUCUCCAGGAUGGACACGCAGCUCAGCGAGCAGCAACGGCAGCUUGAGAAGGAACGCUGGAAGGCGACGGCAGAGCAGGCCAGAGCAGACUCGACCCAGAGAGGCUUGGAGGACGAGCGGCGCGUCCUCACCGCGCAGAUCAGCGUGGAAAGAGAGGAGCUGGAGAGAGCCAAGAACGCGCUGUUGGAGGAGCAGAAGUCUGUGAUGCAGCACUGCGCGGAGGAGAGGAAGAAGCUGGCUGCCGAGUGGGCCCACUUCCACACUCAGGAGAAACAGCAGCGCGAGAGAGCUGAACGCGAGGUCAACAGCCUCAUUGAGAGGAGAGAAGGCUCCAUCAUCAGCCUGGCACAGGAACAAGCUGACCUGAAGCUGCGUACGGCAGAGCUGAGACAAAAAGAGACGGCAGCGACGCAGGAGAAAGAGACGCUGGAGAGGCUGAGAGAAGAGCUGGACAGAGAGAAGGAGAGGAUAAGCAGCGCYGCUCUGAGACUGAAAACACGGUCCCAGGAGGUCGAGGCCUUCAGCAAGCUCGCCGCCAAGCGCUACGAGGCAGGGGAGCGAGCGCUGCAGGAGGCGAAGCGCGUGGAGGCGGAGCACGAAGUCCGGCUAAAGAACAUUCACUCCCGAGCGGAGCACCUGAGGCAGCUGGAGCAACGCGUGCUAAAGGAAUGCACGAGGUUAAAUCAUCUGCAGACUGACACCGAAAAGACGAGACAAACCUCUGCGGUCUCACCGUUACCACAAACCAUUCCAUCUGUUUUACCAGAUUCUGUUUCAGUGUUACUUAGCCCUGAGCUGUCAAGGUCCCAGAAUGUCCCUCCCUUCAGCGUUUCCACAAACAAUAAAUCAAUGACGAUGGAGGCAAGUCUGGAUCUGUGGAAGUACAACACAGAAAAGGACCGGGAAUUCUUCCAGGAGGAGCAGAUUUAUCUAGAAAACUUGAAAAGAUCCUUUGGAUUGAACACAGACUGACCACCACUUACUGGAUGCUCUGAAUUUACUCAACGUUUAUCAGGUCAAACACUUAUGAACGUUAUCGUUUUACAUGCAAUGUAUAUAAAGUUACAUUUUCACACUA